AUGAGUCUGGUUCACGCAAGCCUGGCAGGCAAUUCUAAUGGACAGAUGGGUGAAAGAGGUCAAUGGAAGAAUAAAGUGGAGUUUCUGUUGGCCAUGGCAGGAAAUAUCAUUGGUCUGGGUAAUGUAUGGAGAUUCCCAUACCUGUGCUAUAAGAACGGAGGAGGUGCUUUCUUGGUGCCUUACUUGCUGUUUGCUGUAACUUGUGGUGUUCCACUCUUUGUCCUGGACACUUGUAUUGGACAAUACACAAAGGAGAGUGUGGCAACAUGCUGGAGAAGAGUCUGUCCACUGGCUGAGGGUAUCGGUCACACGGGCUGUUUGAUUGCGCUGUAUAGCUGCAUUUGUUACAAUAUCAUUCUAGCCUGGGCUCUUUUCUACCUCAUCUCCUCUCUGAGUGUGGAGAUUCAGUGGAAUAGCUGUGCUAAUCUCUGGAACACAGUGAACUGUGUCGAGCUCACAUCAAACAAGAUCAAUUGGACCGUCAACAAGACUCAACUGAAUUUCACCACUUCUGCUGUCACUGAAUUCUGGGAGCACCGCGUGCUGGCCAUCUCUACAGGAAUUGAGGUACUGGGCAAUGUGAACUGGGAGAUUCUCCUCUGUUUACUUGCUACUUGGAUCAUAUGUUACUUCUGCAUCUGGAAAGGUGUCAAGUCAACUGGAAAGGCAGUUUAUUUUACAGCUGUCUUUCCGUAUGUGAUGAUGCUAAUUUUGCUGAUAAGAAGUCUGACUUUACCUGGAGCUAUGUAUGGUGUGACAUAUUACCUGUACCCACAGCCCUCACGCCUCGCAGACCCACAGGUUUGGAUCGAUGCAGCGAUGCAGAUUUUCUUCUCCUACAGUUUGGGAGCAGGUAGUCUGACAGUUCUUGGAAGUUACAAUCCUUACAAGAACAACUGCUACAGACAGAGCAUUUGGCUAUGUGUGGUAAACAGCUGUACCAGUUUCAUAGCUGGAUUUGUGGUCUUCUCCGUACUUGGCUUUAUGGCACAGCAGCUUGGUGCUGAUGUUGAAGACGUAGCUGACUCAGGUCCAGGUCUUGCAUUUAUAGCCUAUCCUCAGGCAGUUGCCAGGAUGCCACUACCACAGCUGUGGGCAGCCUGUUUCUUUAUUAUGCUGAUUUUCUUGGGCCUAGACACACAGUUUAUGUCAAUUGAGGUGGUGAUGUCGUCACUAAGCGACAUGUUCCCGACGUUGCUGCGUAGGCCCAACAGAAGGGAGCUGUUCCUUUUAUUCUUCUGCACAGCGUCCUUCUGCUUUCAGAUUCUCAUGACAACUCAGGGAGGAAUCUACAUCUUUCAGUUAAUUGAUUAUUAUGCGUGUAGUGGUGCUUGCUUACUCUUCAUGGGACUGUUUGAAUCUCUAGUAAUUGGCUGGAUUUUUGGGGCUGAUCAGAUGUACAGUGUCAUUGAGGACAUGUGUGGAGAGCGGCCGAGUUUGUUCUUCAGAUUUUGCUGGCGUUAUUUCACACCACUGAUGUGUCUUGGAUUUUUCAUAUUUUACAUGGUGAGGCAUCAGCAGCUCCGGUACAACCGCAUCUAUGUAUAUCCUGACUGGGCCUAUGCUCUUGGAUGGCUCUGUAGCGCCUCUUCCUUAGUCCUAAUCCUUGCAUGGGGCUUGAUAAAACUUUACACUCACUCAGGGACACUGAAACAGCGUUUUGCACAUCUAUGCACUCCUGAUGCCAACCUCCCUCUGACCCAAAAGCAAAGAGCUGAUCUACAGGUUCGUGAAAGCCUAACAACAGGAAUAUGA